AUGGGAUGCAUGUGCUCGAAAGGAGUUUCACCCAACGAGUAUUCACACAAACACCCUAAGAAAUCAUCUAAACGGUGGUUUAGAUCUUCAAGAAGGGGUGAAGUAGUGGUGGAGGUUGAUAACGGUUACAAUGGUGCUAGUGCUACUACUCGACUUAUACCAGAGGGUAAUGAAGAAAACGUAGCAGCUUCAGCACUAACAUUGUGGGAUGAUGAUGAUGGUGAGAAGAAAGACGUAGCCUCUCAGAAGUCCAACAUGCAAUUAAUUCAAAGACCCGAGAAGAUUAUUGAGGGAAAUGGAGGAGGAGUACAUGUACAUCAGCCUGGAAAUUACAAAAUAUAUAGCAUCAGAUAUGGAGUUGAUGAAGUGCAAGCUGCUGGUGGAUGGCCACCAUGGCUGACUGCUGUAGCAGGGGAUGCAAUUAAAGGAUUGUUACCAAGAAAAGCAGAGUCUUUUCAGAAAAUGGACAAGAUUGGACAGGGGACAUACAGCAGUGUAUACAGAGCACGUGACCUUGAAACUGGGAAAAUCGUUGCACUAAAGAAAGUAAGAUUUUUAAACAAAGAUCCAGAAAGUGUUCGGUUUAUGGCUAGAGAGAUAAAUGUUCUUCGUAAGCUGGAUCAUCCAAAUGUGAUGAAGCUUGAAGGUUUAGUCACAUCAAGAAUGUCUGAUAAUCUUUAUCUUGUGUUUGAGUACAUGGAGCAUGAUCUUGCUGGGAUUUCAGCUUCCCCAAUGAUUGAACUUACUGAAUCACAGAUAAAAUGUUACAUGCAGCAGUUGCUUCGUGGGCUUGAACAUUGUCAUAAUCGUGGGGUUCUCCAUCGUGACAUUAAGGGAUCAAAUCUUUUAAUCGACAACAAUGGGAAUCUUAAAAUUGGUGAUUUUGGGUUAGCGACUUGUUUUUGCAUGAAUCAAAAUAAUAAACAGCCAUUAACAAGUCGAGUUGUUACUCUGUGGUAUCGACCUCCUGAGCUUUUACUUGGAGCUACAGAUUAUGGAGUUGGUGUUGACUUGUGGAGUGCUGGUUGCAUUCUUGCAGAACUUUUUGUUGGCAAGCCCAUAAUGCCCGGAAGGACAGAGGUGGAACAAAUGCAUAAAAUAUUUAAACUUUGUGGUUCACCAUGUGAGGAAUAUUGGAGAAAAUCAAAGUUACCUCAUGCCACUAUUUUUAAACCAAAACAUCCUUAUAAACGAUGUUUAGGAGACACAUUUAAAGACUUGCCUCCAUCUGCUUUGAAUCUUUUGGAUUCCCUUCUUGCAGUUGAGCCCAAUAAUCGUGGAUCCACUUCUUCUGCACUACAGAGUGAGUUCUUUACAACCAAGCCACUUCCUUGUGAUCCUUCAAGUUUACCAAAAUACCCUCCAAGUAAAGAAUAUGAUGUCAAGCUACGAAAUGAUGAAAAAAGAAGGAAUAAAUUCGGUUCUACAAAAGCACGAGGAUCAGAAUCUUCUAGAAAAGAUAGAAUAAAAUCAAGACCUUUUCCAGCACCCUAUGCAAGAGAACAACAUCAUCAAAAACCUCAUCAUAGUAGUAAUGUUAAAAACAGUCCUGAAGAUACAGAUAAUGUCGAUGAUUAUAAUAAACACCACAAGGGAUCCAAUUUAUCCAAGUUUUCGAAUUCACAUUCAGGAAAGUAUCACCAAUUAAACAAUGCUGAAUCAUCUUGCAAGAAGCGUGAAAAUCCCCCUGGAAAGGGAUAUGCUCCAAAGAAAACCCGGAUCCAUUACUCUGGGCCAUUACUUCCACCUGGUGGCAAUAUGGAAGAAAUGCUCAAAGAGCAUGAGAAACAUAUUCAACAUGCUGUGAGAAGGGCUCGUUUUGACAACAAGUAUAGUAAAAGGGGGUAUCAUGAAAAUUACAAAAAUGAUCAAAGGGAAUUGUUACUUCAGUAAAGUUUCCCAUGUGCCCUAUUGUUCUAUGCAAUUUUGGUCAGGAUUUGGGACUUCAAGUUAUGGUUCAUAUGAGAAUGAGAAAUGAUUUGAAGAGAAACAAGUUUUUUUUUUUAGAGUUUGUACAGAUUUUACACGAAAGGUUAUACUUGAGAGAUAUUCAUGUAAAUAAUGAAUGGGAGAAUGCCCUAAUGAGUAAAUAAAGAGUAUAGUGAUUCAUGGUUCACAAAGAACUAUCAUGAAAAGUGUUCUAGAGAGGUUUAUUAUUAGUUUAAGUAUGAAGUUUACGAUUACAUUGAGAUUUUUAUAUAUAGAGCAGUGGUGAUAAGGUCC